AACUGCGUCUCAUCCGCAGAAAAAGCAGCUACGACCGAUUCUUCGAGUUCUUUUGGAGUCGUCUGAACUUACUACCUUGUCGCUGUGAAACAGGAUGAUAAUUUGCUUGCGGUCUGCAACCAACAUUUUGUGUUGACGCCAAAGCGAACGUGGCUACCAUUCUACCAAGUAAUUCGCGUCUUUGCUAACUCGCUACGUUAUCUGUCGAACUCGCCCUUCUGUGACAAUUUCUGAAUGCAAUAAGGACAAUGAGCCAAAGCUACGGAACCAAAGCUGAAAUGGUACCUGAAGUAACGGCGGCAGCCAGCUUCGUGUCUAGGCUGUUGAGAACAACUGGUUUCCUCAGUGAGCAGCAACUGCAAUUUUUCUGCGACUGCCUACAACAAACAUUAUCAGAGCACUACAAUCACCACUGGUUCCCAGACAGGCCACAGAAGGGCUCGGGCUACCGUUGUAUUCGGAUAAACCAUGAAAUGGAUCCCAUCAUUAGCAAAGUUGCUGGUCGAAUUGGUUUAAGCAGCCAGCAGCUGUUUCGACUCCUACCGAGAGAGCUGACCCUCUGGGUUGACCCUUACGAAGUGUCCUAUCGCAUCGGAGAAGACGGAUCCAUCUGCGUCCUCUAUGAGGCUGAAGCACCCGCGGCCAACUCCGGAUCCAACAACGGCAGCACUUUGUAUAAUUCAACACUGAACUGCAAGAACCAUGCACUGAUGGGGCGCACAAGUCCUCCCAAAAACUACCUGAUGACUGUUUCAAGUUAGACAUAUGUGUCCCGUGUCACAUGGCACAUGCUUAGGGGGCAAUACAUACACCAGCAAAUUGGCAAGCUGCUUCCCAUACUGAUUUUAUUUCUUAACUCGGGUAAAACUUGACACAUCCCUUUUUAAAAUGAUAUUUUGUGACUAUAUUCAGCAUUUUCCCGGUAUAAAAUGCAUCGGAAUUAAAACGCUAAACAUUCAAUGUAGCUCGUAAAAUUAUUUCCCAGAAGUUUUCAUUUGGUCCAACUUGAGUAGAGAUGGUGCUUUUGACAACUAGCCCAUGCGCUCUUUGCACUGGUCAGGUUUAGUUUUCCAAGUGUCUUGACUUAAGCUGGAGGCUUAUUUAUGAAACAAUUUGGACACUAACUUUAGGGUUUCAAUUGAAUGUAAUGGUGCAAUAAUACCGGGUCUCAAGGUAAGCAGGAUGAAUGCAUUAGUGCCAUUCCAAAUGUUUUGUGAUUUCUAUAGGAACAAUGCCCUGACAAUUUUAGGAACCAUUUUGUCUUAGGAUGCACUACUUUAAAUCGGGACCAAUCAUCCCUCACUCCUUCCUAAUUGGAUUUACUACUAUUUAUACUUUGUUUGUGACUAAGUACUGCCUUUUUGUUGCUUUGAAGCAACAUCUGACAUGUUCUUCAGUUGGAAUCAUUCUCAAUAUUACUGCCAUGACUUGGGUCUUGUCGUGCAAUAGAGCCAGAGUAUUAAAAGAUCAGCCAUGUGUGCUAUUGGGAAGCUAAAUCGCUAAUAUUAAACGCAUUGUUCUCAACCCAUUGCUCCGAGCACGUUAUUCCCCUGUGGGUUAAGAUUUGGCCUUUAGUAUUGUAAUUUUGGGUACAGGGAAUGUUGUGGGUUACUGUUUUUUGACCAGCCAUGUUUCUGUGGACUUUAAAGCUUUAAGGUUCCAUUGCCUAUCAAUAAAAUGGGUUAAAAAAAUAAAGACAACUGACGUCUGUAGCCCAUGCUGGAUUGCAGGGUCUACAGCAUUCUACUGAGCUGUUGAGCAGCUGAUCUUGUUUACUGUUUGAAUAUAGACAUUGUAGCAUUUUUAAGCUGAGAAGUAUGCAUUUUAUGUACAUUUUUAAAAAGAUGGAUGUGUACAUAUAUAGAUACGUGUACAGUUUUGUACUUGACGAAGUAAUUUUACGACAAUAAAACCUUUAUGAAUUCAAGUUGA